AUGCCUGCUACUAACCAAUUGUUUAUUGCCGUCAUCGGCGCCGGCGGCGUGGGCAAGUGCUUCCUGUCCCAGCUCCAAAGUCUCGCAACCCGCCGGCCGUCACCCAAGCUCAGCCUCUGCUACAUCUCGACCAGCCGCAAGGCCCUCUACAACGAUGACUACUCCGAGCUCAGCAUCGACGGUGCCAUCGAGGCCCUUUCCAGCUCUUCCAAGGCCCCGCCGGCCCUGCCCAAGGUGAUUGACUACCUGGCGGCGGCCCCCGCCAAGGCCAUCUUGGUCGACAACACAAGCUCUCAGGACGUCGCCGACCUGUACCCGCUCGCGCUGAGCCGCGGCGUCAGCAUCGUCACCCCCAACAAGAAGGCCUUCUCCGGCUCCUACCAGCUGUGGCAAGACAUUUUCACCGCGGCCGCCACCUCUGGCGCCAAGGUCUACCACGAGUCGUCGGUCGGCGCCGGUCUGCCGGUCAUCUCCACCCUCAAGGAUCUCGUCGAUACCGGCGACAAGGUCACCAAGAUCGAGGGUGUCUUCAGCGGCACCAUGUCCUUCCUCUUCAACUCGUUUGCGCCGACCGAGGGACAAGGCGGCAAGUGGUCCGACGAGGUCAAGAAGGCCAAGUCGCUCGGGUACACGGAGCCGGACCCCCGUGACGACCUCAACGGCCUCGACGUUGCGCGGAAGCUCACCAUCCUUGCGCGUCUUGCCGGCCUCCCGGUGGAGUCUCCGACGGCGUUCCCCGUUCAGAGCCUCAUCCCCAAGGAGCUCGAAUCGUGCAGCAGCGGCGAUGAGUUCCUCGAGAAGCUUCCCGCUUUCGACCAGCAGAUGGAGGAGACCAAGGCGGCGGCCGAGAAGGCGGGCAAGGUCGUCCGGUUCGUCGGCAGCAUCGACGUCGCCGCCAACAAGGUCAAGGUCGGGCUGGAAAUGUUUGACCGAUCGCACCCCAUCGCCGCCCUCAAGGGCAGUGACAACAUCAUCAGCUUCUACACCGAGCGAUACGGCGGCAACCCUCUGAUCGUGCAGGGCGCCGGCGCCGGCGGCGACGUGACCGCCAUGGGCGUGACGGCAGACCUCAUCAAGGUCAUCUCCCAAAUUUCAUAG